UAUGUCUUACUGUGCCAAAUAGUCAUAUUAUAUUACUAAUAUUUGGAAUGUAGGAGCAUUUAAGUCUUGGACUGGGUAGAAUGACACACAGCUGUCUUCGGUCAUUGUUUUAUACAGAUCCUUAUGAUGUGAGGAGACAACUUUCCUAAUCUGAGGUGGAUAUAACUGAUUAGCACUGGUGGCACACUAAGGACAGGUGGCAACGAUAAAGUGGCACUUUGAGGACAGAUGGCAACAAUGAAAUGGCACUUUGAGGACAGGUUGCUCUAAUGAGGAGGUGGCAACGAUAAGGACAAGUGCUAAUGAGGACAGGUUGCACUAAUGAGGAUGUGGCAGAUUUCUAAAACAAGUGGCAUAAUUUGGACAGUUUGCACCAAUUAGGACAAGUGGCAUUAAUGAGGACAAGUGGCACAUCUGAAGGAAACAGAUUGUAAUGGAUUGCUACACAAGCCAUAGAUAUCUGCCGUCAUUUGAUAUGGGAGAGGUACGAUCAUUGAGUAAAGAUGAUCCGACACAACCAAGCUGGAAACUUAUAGGUAUACAUAUUAAAGGCCAGGAAUCGGCCACUGUCAAUAUUUUUAAUGCCAAGUAAUGUGAAUUACAAAAGGAACCUAUACGUUGGAGUGGCUUCUAAUCUUAAGGAAAAUUAAUGGAACGUGUUACCUAUGUGCUAUGGGCCUACCUAAAUUUACCUGAGCUUUGUAUACUUGUCUGUUUGCAUUGAUUAUAUAUAAUUUGAGUGGGGCGAGCAUGGCAGAUAGGCCUUACACCAGUCAGGUAUUGGAGCUUGUCCUGUUAACACUGGCACUAGUGGGCUUCACUGCCAACCUCAUAACACUUCUUUAUAAAGUGUCACGCGAGUUCGCCCUCCCCAAACUCUGGAAGUACGCCAUCCUCACCAUCGACAUAGCACAUCUAUUUGUGGGAGUUGGCUUACUUUUAUUUUAUGUCUUCCAACAAAACAAUUCAAGUGAAUUUUGUUCAGCAGCUGGCUUUUUUGUACAGUUUGGGAUAUUUGAUAGUGUUUGUGGCUACCUGACCGCUGGUAUCAUACUGUUGGGGAUAUAUAACCCGGGCAAGUCAUCACAGAUCUCCUCGUUCCAUCGUAAUGUGUUCCUGGUAGUGGUUAUUCCUCAGAAAGUCAUCUCCAUCCUCCUGUCCAUCCUGCCGGUCAUCCCUAUUGAAUUCUUCACCACAAAAGUCUCAAACACUGUCACCUGCUUUAAGAUCAGCAAACCUGGGGAGAAUGGUGAUAAAUUUGGCAUCCUCAUAUUCUUCAUAAUAUGGAUCACUUUAACUCUUGCGACAGUAACGUUUGUGAUAAGUGCGGUAAAGAACUGGAAGGGUUUUAACAACCGAAUCCAUUCAGCUUCACCCAACGUGUGGCAGACCCAGCUCUUACAACAUGGCAAGACGCUGCUCAAGUUCCUUCUUUUCGAGGAUGGUUUGUGGCUGGUAGUGUUGGUCAUUGUGACUAGUGUGGUGUACUCUGGCGGCGAGGAUGACCAGUCUGCCACCUGGACCUUGUACUUAACACUAGGUGUAGUGACCAUCCUCCACUGGGUCGUAUCUGUUGUUCAGUGUGCCAUGUGGACUUCUUGUUGCUGUAAGUCAUCAACUGCUGUGGAGGAGACGCACCGCAAGCUCAAGCGUCUAGACCUCAUCAAGAUCGAGGCUCCAGGAAAGAUCCGUCUUCGAGUAUUAUGGAAUGUCUCCAAAGGAACAGUGAAGCGUGGUUUGAUGAAAGUGUAUGGGCCAAGACACGUAAAGACAUGGGCACAGGAAAUAGUGGUACUGGGCAUGCUCAGAAAGGCUCAACACCCAAGCCUCCUUCAGUGCCUGUGGACAAGCAGCUCCAACCCUUACUAUGAGACGAUGACCUUGAUCACUGGGGAGGUCAUUACAAGUGACUCUAGGAUCAUCUGUCUUGAGCUGACCAACAAUGGGACUCUACAGGACUUCCUGUACCGCCUGGACAAUCCCCUCCCCGAGACCUGUCAGAGAAUGAUCGUACACGACAUUGCCGAGGGACUCAUGUGUCUACAUGAUCAGAAUAUUCUCCAUGGCAACCUCUCAACAGCCUGUGUCUACCUCAAGGGCUCCCUCCCUAGUAUGGUAAUGAGGGCAGCCAUUGGAGACUUCGAGGAUUCUCAGAUGUAUGGUUCUAUCCACCAGAAUGGGGACACAGCUACUCUUGGGGACAAGCGGCACUUCUUCCUACCGGACAUUCGGUCAUUUGCCUUGGUGGCUCUGGAAGUGGUAUCUAAGAUGUGUGAGAAACGUUUUGUCAGCAUGCAGUAUCAGUGGAACAAGAAGGUGACACCAGAGACAUACAGUUCAGCCAAUCAGGGCCCUUCUUACAACCCUGCUGUUCAGGGAUCAGCCAAUCAGGCUGAGGAUUAUAUGGAAGUGUAUCACAGUGAUUCUGAUGAGGAAGAUAACUUGCUGUAUUGUGGAAGACGACAACCCCCAGGGGUGCAGUCUCCUGGUGAGGUAAUUGAGGAAAUUGGUCGACGGAGUCGCAGCAUGUCACCGCGAAGUCGCCCCCAGUCAGCUCAGUCCAAUAAGAGUCGGUCACGAACACUGUCACCCGACAUGAGUCGUGGCAAGUUCCUAAACUCGGUACAGACAAACUAUCCGAGUAGACUGAGUACUCCAGACUCUAACGUUAUCUCUCCUGAAGAUGAGUAUCCAUGCUUUCCUAAAAACACACCAGAUGGCAAAUUGUCUAAGGAACGUCCUUUAUCACCUGGGCGACCAUCUUCAGGCAGGAAGUCACCAGGGCGACCAAGGACUCCUUCAAAGAAAUCCAAAAAUAAGGAUCAGGCAUUUGAAGCAUUUGCUUCUGAAGGUAAAAAGAAUAAAUUAAAAGGUUUAAAGAAAAUUGACAGUAAAAAAUGGCUUUCUAAGCCUGGUUCAUUGAUAAGGACAUUGACUGGAGCAGAAACAAGUGUGUCUGUGUUCAAAUCUAAGGAAUUAAGAGAUGAUGAUGCAGAGGAAAUAGAUGAUGAGGAAAUAGACUAUGGGCAACUUAGAGCAAAACAAGCUCUAAUGGCUCGCAAUGAUUCCUCAAACUCUAUCACAUUUGAGAAGGAUCGGCAUUUACACCGCUCCUCUUCAAAACAGAGUGACCAGUGGAGCAUCCUCAGUGACAUGGAUUAUGGCACAUCUCAUGGACUCCGUAAAACUUUGUCAACAGACUCGCGUUCCUCCAUGUGGUCCAACUUACCCCUGCCUGUAGAGAUGAUAGACAUUGAGGGGGGUGGGGAGAGAGAUCACUUUGAUGCUAUGAUAGGUCAGUUACCAGGCAUGACAGACUCUUUAGAAUAUCACCCAGCCUCAAGUAGGCCCGGUGAGAACUGGAACCCAAAGUUUAAUGGAUCAUACAAGCCUGGAGUGUACUGGAGACAGGAUGGACCUGGGCCCUCCCAGUUUGAACUGGUGGAUUACUAUGAUGAAUUACAAGGAAAGUAUGUUAAAAAGUUACAGCUGCGAGGAGGUAUUCAUCGAACACUUUCUGGAUCCCAGAUCAUUGGCACACCUGUCCAUCGAACUUACUCAGGGACCCAGGUUUUACACAAAACCAGUUCUGGGCUUCAGGAGAUUCUGGAGCAAGCAGAGAGCAUGGAGGAGGAAGAACAACCACAGCCCAUUGACCACAAUUUGCAGCCCUCUAAUGACAACAACACGCCAUCCUCAAAUCACCAUAGCAAAUCUCAGCCUGUGAAAAAGUUAAAGGCUAAAAUAUUAAAAGAUGAAAAAUCUGUAAAACUAUCACGUUCAAAAUCUCUGGAGAGAAUGACUCCACAAAAUAAAGCAGCACCAAAAUCAAAAGAGUUGUCCAAAAAUGAACACUCAGUUUUAGCCCCAACUCCUGAGCCAAAUAUCAACCCAGAAAUCUCAGCUCACAGGAGAGCUCGUGCUAGGAAGGCUCUGAAAGGGGCCCUAGUUAAGGGCAAUAUGCCCCAUGUCUUUCCUCUUCAACGGGAUUCCAAGCGGGGACAGAAGCGGGAAAUGGAAAUAAAAUAUGCAAAUGUUAAAAAACUUCAAACUCAGGGUAGCCAUGUUGAUAAAAACACAGAUGUGAAUAUAGAUAUGGACUAUAACGUAGAAUCAGGUGAAAAAAGGGAGUGUGGUCCAUCACCACAGAGAUUGGAGGAUACUGGUGAUGGUCAGGCUACUGGUAUCCGUAAGUAUCACAGCUUCAGCAGUAAUGACAGUACCAGUAGUCUCGGCUCCAGUAUACGCCUGAAAAAGACUGAUGCAUCACUCACAAGUGGUGAGCUUACCUCUCUGUCAUCGCAGGCAGACCAUGAUAUUGACGAACAAACUGGGCGUGACCCAGAUUUACCAUCUAAGGAAGUGCUCCUACGAAGGACUAUGCAAAACAAGGCCAAAGUGGUUGACAGUGGUUUUGACAGUGAGAGUAGUGAGGUUUCCUCAGAUGUGUAUGGACAUCACCCGCAUUAUAACUUCUCUUCAGACGAUUCUGCUUACCCUGAUCACAGAGACAGACGGUUACCUAGGAAACCAUUCUAUAACACAUUAAAGAAACCCAGUGACAGUAGUGAGCUACAGAUGUCUGAGAAAGCAUUUGUUAUUACUGGGUUUAGUACAGGAAGUACAAACACAGUGGAGACCCCUGGUGAUGUGGUAGAUACAGUUGCUAAGGACAGUGUUCCCACAGAAUAUGUUGUGGUAGAUAGUGUAGUGAGAGACAGAGACUUUCCUAAUGAUGUGUCAGAUGAGGAAGUGUUGGAGGAUGAUUUAAUGAAUUCUCAGGGAAAAUCAAGAAUCAUCCAAGUGUCUGCUGCGCCCCUUACUGUCAUGAGUAUUGACCAGAAAGCCUUUCAUGAACAGAUCUACGACAGUAGUCAUGUUCCUCCUUCACAAGUCAGCUACAAAGCAUCUGUUGAGAAUCGACCACCAACACCCGGGAGAUCAGGGUACAGACAACCAAACCCUUUGUCUUCAAUUGAAGACAGACCACCAACUCCUGGUCGCUCAGGAUACAAUCGUCUAAAAAGCCCUACAUCUGCAAACCCUGAACGAUCAGUCCAUAACCGGCCCAAAACGCCCCUCAGGAGGCCAAAUUCACAGUUGGAGGUUAAAUCAAGCAUGCAACAUGCCAGCCCUCUAGUGGCCAGUAAACGGUAUCGAGAAUUGACCAUGAAGGGGGUUCCCCUGCGAGUGUCAGUGAUAUCUGCAGAUGGAGAGGAAAAGUGUGAGGAAGAAACAAGGGUUGAUGAAAGCGAAGAAAAAUCAAAGGAUGUAAACGAAGAACUGAUCGAUAACCAAACAGAUGAUCAAAAACUCUUUGAUCAUUUAGAAUCAAAUGGCUUCUUUCAUUUGCCUCCAAAGAAAACCAAAGAUAAACAUCUGUCUGGUGGUAUCUUUCCUACAGCUCACGUCUCGCGUAGAGAUCAACACCUGAAGAAAAAGAGAGGUAGAUCCCGUCCCAAUAGACUUGCUCUUGAUGAGAUUAUUCGUGAACUACCAGAGGACAAGAGUCCCUCACCACGACUCCUCUCACCCACUACAAAUAUAUUAUCCAAAGACUCCUUCAACAGCCAUUCAGGGAGUGAAGCCAUGCUGAACCAGCCUUCCUCCAUGGAUGAGUCCGAGAGUGUCCGUCCGGCUCCGGUCCACCAUGUGUCACCGAUGGUCAAUCAGCCGUCAGUUGUGGUGGAUGCCGAGUUGUACAUAGAUCGAGUAUAUUCUCAAACACAAAGCUUGGAGCCCAAACCUCGACAAGUGCCAAUGAUGGACCCAGACUUUGAUAUGCCAGUUGCCCCAGAAAGAAAAGGGGUUCCUUUGGUCUCCUAUAUGCCUGUAAAUCAAGAGUUGUGUAUGGAUGGCCAGGUGGGUCGGGAGGAGAUGGAGGAUGAGUUGGACGAGGAGGUGACACUGCUGAGUGGGAUGGAUGACAAACACAUUCUCAACUGCCACAAACUUACCUCUGACAUGCAUUUACUCUCCUUCAAUGACCUCCUGCCAGCCAAGAAGGAAAACUUUGAGAUCCUCAAGGCCAAGCUGUAUGAGGGUGGACAACUGGGCAGUAUUGGCUUCCAACUACUGGAGGUCAUACACAAGUGUUGGCUGAGUGAGAUUCCUCCCUCCUCAUCCGACCUUGUCACGCAGCUGCUAGAUCCGGUCACAGAAACAGAGUUAUGAUUGGUGAAUGUCAGAGAGACUAUGAUUGGUGAUGGUCAGAGAGACGGACUGUGAUUGGUGAUCGUCAGAGAGACAGACUGUGUAUGGUUAACGUCAGAGAGGGAUUGUGAUUGGUGAUGGUCAGAGAUGAACUGUGAAUUUGGUGAUGGUCAGAGAUGAACUGUGAUUUUUGUGAUCAUCAGAGAUGAACUGUGAUUUUUGUGAUCAUCAGAGAUGAACUGUGAUUUUGGUGAUGGUCAGAGAUGAUCUGUGAUUUUGCUGAUCAUCAGAGAGGAACUGUGAUUUUGCUGAUCAUCAGAGAGACAGACUGUGUAUGGUGAUUGUCAGAGAGGAACUGUGAUUGGCCAUCAUAGGAGCGAUAUCUUUGAAUGAUGGUGCCUUUGUAUUACUUUGGGUUAACAUGGUGUGUGCCUUUCUGUUCAUGGUAACACUGUGCCUUAUUAUGAUAUAAUAUUUAUUCUUCGUCCGUCCUGUUAAGCGUAUCUGUGAUAUUUAGUCUCGGCACCACACAUGUGUAUAUAUGUAUGACGGAUACUCCAUACCUCUUUUCAGCAUUAGUAACUAAGUAAUGGACCAGAGUUAUAUUAUCAGAGGGUCAACAUGUCUACCGAGAAGACAGCUAGCAUACCUGUAUUUUAUAUUUAAAAAAAACAAAACUUGGAUAUCUUAACUUCAAAUUAAACUAAAAUCUCAAAUUACACUCAACUACAAUAGCCAUAUUAAUUUGAGUACCCACAAAGACUGGGUAAUACCAACACUAUAGCAGAAAACGUGUCACAUAAAGUUACUUACAGGUAUAGAAACAGGUCAUAUCACGUCAGGUCAUGUAAAGUUACUUACAGGUACAGAAACAGGUCAUAUCACGUCAGGUCACAUCAAGUUACUUACAGGUAUAGAAACAGGUCAUGUAAAGUUACUUACAGGUACAGAAACAGGUCAUAUCACGUCAGGUCACGUCAAGUUACUUACAGGUAUAAAAACAGGUCACGUCAAGUUACUUACAGGUAUAGAAACAGGUCAUAUAUGGCUUCAGGUCAUGUCAAGUUACUUACAGGUAUACAGAAACAGGUCAUAUCACGUCAGGUCACGUCAAGUUACUUACAGGUAUAGAAACAGGUCACGUCAAGUUACUUACAGGUAUAAAAACAGGUCACGUCAAGUUACUUACAGGUAUAGAAACAGGUCAUAUACGGCUUCAGGUCAUGUCAAGUUACUUACAGGUAUAGAAACAGGUCACGUAAAGUUACUUACAGGUACAGAAACAGAUCAUAUCUCGUUAUAACACAUACAUGUACAUGUAUGAAACAUUCCAAAGGUCAUAUCUGUAUUGGAUCAUUUAUUUUGGUCAGUAUUCAGCUCCUUUAGAAAGUACAGGAAAUAGACAUUUAAAAUGUAGCAUGUGUACAAAGUAAACAAGUCAUCUUUAAGAAUGUAUAUUUAUAUAUAUUUCAUAUAUACAAUGAAAAUUAUCUUUCAUUGAUUAAUUAACAUUUUCAAAUAAUGUAACAAUGAUAAUUUGUAGAUUUAAGUAAUCUACAAAACAAACAUGUACCGUCCAAUGAUUUAUAUAAGCAAACCAUAAUCUAAUAUAAAAAUGUAUUCAUUUCACCAUAAAAUGUUUUUUGAUAUUAGUGUUUGUGAUGGGUUGUCUCCCCUAACAACAAAAACCUCUCCACAAACUCUCCUUAUCCAUUGUAAAUAUAAGUAACCAAGGUGAUGAACUCCAACCUCUCCCUAAUAUAAGGUUACCUUACAUUACAGUGUGGUUGCUGGGGUGAUUAACGUCUGUGACCGAUUUGUUGUUAUUAUAGAUUAAUUUUAUAAACCAUUUUCAUCAUGUUGAUUGUAACUGUUAUUAAGUUUUAUCCCAGUAUUUUUAUGUAAACUGAAUUGUUUAUUUAUUAAAAUUAUUGAAUAUUA